AUGGCUAUAUCAUUUCUGGUUGGAGUGUUGGCAAUCGUCCCAUUGCUCUUCUUUGUGAUACCCUUUGCGCUCAUAGGCGUCUUGCGUUUGUGGGGAUGGUUCCUUCAGUCGGGUACCAGAGACCGACGACAUGCUAUCUACCAGCAGAUGAAAAGGGAGCUCAAAGCGACCGAAGAAAAGCGCAAGCAGUUCCAAGAUGCCGAAGAUGACUGGGAGAAAGUCGAGAGCACAUCAGGCACAGCUCCCAACGGCGAUGUGUCCGGUAAUGAUUGGGAGGGCAUCAUUGGCUUCUUCCACCCCUUCUGUAAUGCUGGCGGUGGCGGCGAACGCGUUCUCUGGGCCGCAAUAGCCGCAACGCAGCGACAGUGGCCCAACGCCAUCUGCGCGGUCUACACUGGCGAUCAUGAAAUCGACAAAUCUGCCAUCGUCGCCAAAGUCAAGGAUCGCUUCGGAAUCAUGCUGCGCGAAGAAACUCUCACAUUCAUUUAUCUCACUACCCGCCAUUUCGUCCUCGCCAACAACUAUCCGUACUUCACGCUCCUCGGCCAGUCCCUGGGCUCUCUGGUGUUAGCUUGGGACGCUUUCCAUCUCUUGGUCCCUGACAUCUUCAUCGACACCAUGGGUUACGCCUUUGCUGUCGCCUUUUGCAAGUAUCUAUUUCCCACAGUGCCCACUGCCGCGUAUGUCCACUACCCAACCAUCUCCACGGAUAUGCUUUCCUCCCUCGACGACACGACGGGCACCAAAGGGAUUCACUCUGGUGGCGGUGCGGGCCUGAAGGGUCAGCUCAAGCGACGCUACUGGCACCUCUUUGCUGCACUGUACGGCUGGGUUGGCCGUCAAAUCGACGUCGUCAUGUGUAACUCGACCUGGACUGCCAACCACAUCAACCGUCUCUGGGCCCCGCAAACCAUCCUGCCGUCCGCCACAACCCCUUCCACAGACAAGCACCCAGACACCGUUGCAACGACAAUCUACCCCCCCUGCCCAGUCGAAUCCCUCAUCGACCGCAUCCCCCUCACCCCCACCACCUCCAGCACCCGCUCCCAGGCCAACAUAAUCCUCUACAUCGCGCAAUUCCGCCCGGAGAAGAACCACUCGCUCGUCCUCCGCGCCUUCGCGCGCUACGCGCACAGCGGCUCACCGGGCGCCGCGGCCGCGAAGCUCGUCAUGAUCGGCUCCGUGCGCGCCAACACGCCCGACGAGCGCCACAUCUACGCCUUGCGCAUCGAGGCGCGCGAGCUGCACGUCAACGACCAGACCACCUUUAUCUGCGAUGCCCCCUUCAGCGUCAUCGAGGAGUAUCUGGGUAAAGCGAGCGUCGGCGUCAACGCCAUGUACGCAGAGCACUUUGGAAUCGGGAACGUGGAGGGCCUGGCGGCCGGGUUGAUACCCGUGGUACAUAGGUCCGGGGGACCGUGGUUGGAUAUCGUGGUGCCGUGGGAGGGGAAGGACAUUGGCUUUCACGCGGAGACGGAGGAGGAGUUUGCGGAGGGGUUUGCGAAGGUGGCGGCGUUGGAUGAGGGGGAGAGCUAUGAGAUGAGGAAGAGGGGCAGGGAGAGUACGAGGCGGUUUGGCGAGGAAGUCUUCCGGGAGGGGUGGUGUGGGCAGAUGAGCCGGCUGGUGGAGAUGAGGAAGCGGUGGACCAAGGGCUUGAUGCGCGCGUGA